GUUCUUCCGCGGCAUCAAUUGUCAGAAAUUUGCUUCCGUUUUGCACACUUGCCUUCUCUGUCAUCCAACCGUGACUCGCUUAUGCCCCCACACGUUCACGACACUUUUGACCGUUGUUCUGCGAUGGAGCACCAUUGCUAUCACGAUGAGGACCAGUACUAUGGCGCUAACGUCCCUAUUUCUAUGCAUUACGAUUACUCUUCGUAUCAGCCAUACUCAUACUACAUUCCCGACAACAUGAUGCUCGCGAUGACAGACCUGCAGGACGAGCAACAAUUAAUUCAGACACCCGUGUAUGAAUACAACCACCAAGCUUCUGAACACUUCACGUCUUCAGCCUCUACGCAUUCUGUAUCGUCAGAUUCAUCGUGUCUUACGUCGACCGAUUUCCAUGACACAGCAGCGUAUCCCAGCAUCCCGACAUAUUCUUCUGACAGAAGACCGUCAUAUCCCCCAAGCUGGGCACAAGACGUCAGAAAUAGCUCAACUCAUCUCGCAGCUUCUCAGUCGUCAGAGUACCGAGCAACGAUCGCGCGUCUCAGCGAUGAUUUUCUCGCAAGCGCGUCGUCGUUGUUUGGCGGACCUCCUUCACGAAGCCGCAACACGUCCGCUGCCUUGAGUGGACCCACAACCCCUCAUCAGAGCCCUGCCCCAACCAGCAAUCCUACCCCUGCUAGGAAACGCUCAUUGGAAGCCAUGAACGAGGAGGUCUUUGUUGAUCAGCCCUUUGACGCUCGUACAUCCGUCCAAGAUCCAAGAUACCUUCCUCAGCCUCCCAUGAUUGUUCCUUCUCAAAAUAGAGUUGUGCAUGAACGUCAGCUUCCUCAGGGUUCAUCGCACAGUGGCGAGUCACAAAACCUCCUGCGGUCUCCCGCUCGUCCUUUUAGACAGUCACUUUCGCCUGAUUUACUACUGUUACGUGAAGAAGGGCGACCAGCGGCUCAUCAGGCUAACAAGAGGCCACAUCGCUCCGAGGAGAUCACCCGCCAUUCUCAGACUAUUUCAACCGUCCCUGCAACGUGGUCAGCGCCAGUGGAGCCUGUUAUGAAAGUCAGUGCCUCGAGGAAGACUGGUGAGCAGAAGAAGCAAGCCCUUGCUUGCCUAUUCUGUAGAGAAAGAAAAAUAGCCUGUGGAAGACCCCCUGCCCACAGCCCAGACCAGACCUGCAACCAAUGUGCACGACGUCGGAUGAAAUGCGAGUAUCCCACGGAAUCUCGUCGAGGGCAACACAAACGCAUCCGCCGUAAGCCAACCGAGGAUUGUAUUGGAGCUUCCAAUUCGUCUUCGGCUUCGCAAUCAGCACCGAAUACACCACCUGUCGUCGCAUUAACGGCUUGAAUGAAUUCCACGUGUCAAUGUACAACACAAGUUCUUACGACCGUUUGACGAGACGCUUUAGAUAUAUGUAUGCUGUAUUGCCUUCAAGGGCUUCCCGUGACCUUCGACCACGUAUACCUAUUUCAUAUCGAUUCCCUUUCUAAUUGUUAACUAUCAUUACCUGACGGCGUCAGUUACUCUCCUUGCAUUCCUACGUUCGUUGACCUAGCAUUGCCUAAACAUUAUGUUCCCCUUUCGCAGUCUCUUGAUGCAUUAUUUUUCUCAUCGUUGGACUGUAGUAUAUUUGCUUUAAUAAACAAUAUAGAUCUUGUCGUCUCCUCAUAUC